AUGGCGUCUCCCAGCGGCAGCCGGCCGCAGCCCGGCGGGCAGGGCGGUGCUGGCGGCGGGGCCGGGGCUGGGCCCGGAGCCGGACCAGCGGCUCUGCGGAGCGCUGAGGAGGACGCCGAGGGGUUAUACGUGGCGGUGGAGCGGUGUCCUCUCUGUAACACCACCCGCCGCCGCCUUACCUGCGCUAAGUGCGUUCAGAGCGGCGACUUCGUUUUCUUCGACGGUCGCGAUUCCGAGAGGUUUUCAGACAAGAAAGAAAGGCUGAUGCAUCUUAAAAACAAGCAGAGAGAAUUCCAAAAGCAUGUUUUGAAGGCCAUGGAAGGGAAAGAGAUAACUGAUCAGCUGAGAUGGAAAAUCAUGUCUUGCAAGAUGAGGAUUGAGCAGCUGAAACAGACCAUUUGCAAAGAAAAUGAUGAAAUGACAAGACACACAGAGGGCCUUCUGAGAAUCAAAGAGGAGAACCAGAAGCACUAUCGUAGGGCUCAGCGGCAUCAGGAGAAGAAAGAGAAGAUCCAGAGGCAUAACCGCAAGCUGGGAGACUUGGUAGAGAAGAAAACCUAUGACUUGAAAACUCAGUAUGAGCACCUGGCAAGUCUGCGUCAGAUGCAUAUCCUGGAGCUCACAUCAGUCAUAUUUCCCAUUGAAGAAGUAAAGACCAGCACGAGAGAUCCUGCAGAUGCGUCUUCUGAGAGUGACAAUGCUAUGACCUCUAGCACUGUGAGCAAGCUUGCAGAAGCCAGGAGAACCACGUAUCUCUCUGGGAGAUGGGUGUGUGAUGAUCAUAAUGGGGACACCAGCAUCAGUAUCACAGGGCCUUGGAUAACUCUUCCUAAUAAUGGAGACUACUCAGCAUAUUACAAUUGGGUGGAAGAGAAGAAGACUACACAAGGACCAGAUAUGGAACAUAAUAACCCUGCUCACACUAUCAGUGCUGCAUUGUGCUAUGCAACUCAGCUUGUUAACACUUUGUCUCUCAUACUCGAUGUCAAUCUUCCCAAGAAGCUCUGCAACAGCGAGUUCUGUGGAGAGAACCUCAGCAGACACAGGUUCACACGGGCAGUGAAGAAGCUGAAUGCUAAUAUCCUUCAUCUUUGCUUCUCUCAGCAUGUGAAUUUAGAUCUGUUGCACCCACUGCAUACCCUCAGGAACCUUAUGUACCUGGUCAGCCCAGACACUGAGAACUUGGGCAGGUCUGGGCCUUUUGAAAUCAGUGCUGAUCUUGAAGACUCCAUGGAAUUUGUGGAUCCCAGUGCUGCUGCUGAAACGGAUGAGAGCGGAGAUGAGCACGUCAGUGAUGAAGAGACAGACCUAGGGACAGACUGGGAGAACCUGCCAAGCCCCAGGUUCUGCGAUAUCCCCUCUCAGCAGGUGGAGAUGCUGCAGAGCCAGAGCACACAGGCGUCCCAGCCCAUCGCUAGCAGCAGUGCUGGUGGAAUGAUCUCCUCUGCUGCUGCCUCAGUGACCUCGUGGCUGAAGGCGUACACCGGACAUCGCUAACGAGCGUGGGAAAAGGAUCAUAGGA